CAUCCACCAUCCAUCAUCCACCAUCCGCCAUCCGCCAUUGCAAUCCGCCGUGGCCCGCAGCCGCUGUCUUGUCCGCUCCACACGCAACUAUGAUCAUCAGAGCCAGAACACCCGAAGGCCAGCUCCGAAUCGAAAUCGAACCCUCAAGCAGCGUCGCCGAGCUUGUUCAGAAGAUCGUCAAGGCUGGCUCGUUCUCAUCGCGGAUUGAUGUGUUCCUGGAUCCACCUCAAUCCAAGAGCCUUGCGGCUCGCAUUGAUGUAUCGCUCGCAUCUGUGCCUCUGAGGCACGGAGAUAUGGUGUAUGUGGCUUUCGCCAAGGAUGGAGACGUCCAGACGCCCGCACCCCGUGUCGUCGACACUGCGCGGCCGCUGAUUGUCGAGCAGGACCCUGUCGACAACAUUUUGGAGAAGCAGAAGGGCAUCGUCAAGCGCGAUCGAGAUGUCAGAUUCUGCCGUCACGGCUCCUCAGGGAUGUGCGACUACUGUAUGCCGCUCGAGCCCUAUGACGCCAAGUACCUUGAAGAGAACAAGAUCAAGCACAUGUCCUUCCACGCCUACAUCAAGCAGCUCACUGCCCAAAGCAAGGCCACGAGCUCCAAGUUCAUUCCGCCGCUGGACGACUUUGACUUUUCUGUCAAGAUGCCAUGUCCGUCCAAGAGCCACGACCCCUAUCCCAACGGCAUCUGCACAAAAUGCCAGCCCUCAUCAAUCACCCUUCAGCCCCAGGGCUUCCGCAUGGUCGAUCACAUCGAGUUUGAGGAUCCAAGCAUCAUCGAGAACAUUGUCCAUUUCUGGCGCACGACCGGAACACAGCGGUUUGGCUAUUUGUACGGACGAUACGAGGUCUACGACAAGGUCCCGCUCGGCGUCAAGGCAAUCGUAUGCGCUGUGUACGAGCCACCGCAGCUCAACGAGCACGACGCCAUCCAGCUCUUGCUUCCGGAUGCGGCCGAGGCCAAGAUCGACCAGGUUGCCAAGCAGCUAGGGCUUUGUCGUGUGGGCAUGAUCUACACCGACCUGCUCGAUAGCGGCAAGGGCAAUGGGUUGGUUGUGUGCAAGCGCCACGAAGCAUCGUACUUCCUGUCGUCGGCCGAGUGUCUCUUCUCAGCAGAGAUGCAGAACAAGCACUUGACCAAGACCCGGUAUGCGCCGACGGGCACGUUUGGCAGCCGCUUCGUGACCUGCGUGAUUACAGGCAACCGGGAAGGCGCCAUCGAUAUUGAAUCCUAUCAGGUUUCCAACGUUGCCAUGGCAAUGGAGCGUGACAAGAUCGUCGAGGCUUGUGUAAAGCCUGACUUGAUGCGGGUCCAAGCCUCGACAUCCGAAAAGUACGUCCCAGAGGUGUUCUACAAAUACAAGAACCAGUACUCGAUCAUGGUCAAGGAGCCUGCCAAACCCACGUUCCCGGUCGACUAUCUGCUGGUGACGGUCACGCACGGAUUCCCGCAGACACCGGCUCCGUUCUUUGACAAGCAGAAUGCGUUCCCGAUCGAGAACCGCGAUGCACUUGGCGUCGAUGCCGGUCUUACGGCGCUGGAGAAGCGCCUGAAGCAAUACGACCGCGAUUUGGUCCAGGCCCUCUCGGACUUUCAUGCGCUGCUGUUCCUCUCUCAGUCUGGCAUCCUGGAGGAGAACGAAGUCCGCCUGAUGCUCGACGUUGUGCGAACCAAGGAUGCAGGAGCAGCAGCGCAGCUGAGCCACAGCGGAGGCUGGAUGUCCAUGCUGGAAAUCGCAAAGCAAACCAGCAGUGGCCAGCAGCAGCGCGGCACCGGGUCCGCCCACAAUGCCGCUGGAUCGUCGGCUCCGCCUCCCGUCGAGUGGGACUGUCGGCACUGCACCUUCAGAAACAGCGGCGGCCACGACAGCUGCGACAUUUGUGGGCUGCCGAGAGAUUAGAGCAGCGCCCCCGAGCGACCGCAACGACGGAUACCUUACUUGGCCGGCGUGGCUCGCUCCAUGUGCCGCUGUCUGGAGACAGAAGUCGGCCUUGGUGACAAUAUACAGCUCGCUCGCCCAAGCGUGGGGCAGUCGUCCCGUCCGCACCACACACCUUGUAUUUUGCCUGGAGUGUUGGAGGAGCGAUCUGGAGCUCGUAUCUUGCCUUGCCUCGGCCAGAGCACGUUCGGCGCUCGCAGUUCAUAGAGUCGGAAAUACA